CACCAACCUUUCUUCUACCCAAAUAUUCUUUCUCCAAAAAGAAGACACACAAACCUCCCCCACCACAAAAUACUUGCAUCCGCCAUCUCCCAAUCCUUACACUUGCUCAAAAUUUAACCUACAAAACUCCAUCUCUCGUGACUCCACAGAUAGAUAGACAGCAUGAUAAUGGGGCUUCGAGACAUUGGUGCGAGUUUGCCACCUGGGUUCAGGUUCUACCCAAGCGACGAGGAGCUGGUUUGCCAUUACCUCUACAAGAAGAUCUGCAAUGAGCAAGUCCUCAAGGGCACCCUCGUCGAAAUCGACUUGCACACCUGCGAGCCAUGGCAGCUCCCUGGAGGUGGCGAAGCUGAAUGCGACGGAGUGGUACUUCUUCAGCUUCAGGGACCGCAAGUACGCAACCGGGUUCAGGACGAACCGGGCCACCACGUCGGGCUACUGGAAAGCAACGGGGAAGGACCGGACGGUGGUGGACCCGGCGAGCAAGGAGUUGGUGGGGAUGAGGAAGACGCUCGUCUUCUACCGGAACAGAGCACCCAACGGCGUCAAAACCGGCUGGAUCAUGCACGAGUUCCGCCUCGAGACUCCCCACAUGCCCCCCAAGGAGGACUGGGUGUUAUGUCGAGUGUUCCACAAGAGCAAGGCAUCAGAAGACUACAACGAAUCCAGCCCACCUAAUUACCACCACGUUCCCGAUACCACACCUAACCAAGGCGCCGCCCCAAUCUGUUUAGACGACACUUCUCCUCCUUUACUAACUCCUCCUCACCACCACCACCACCACCACGGCGGCGCCGGCCACAUCUCCACCCAGCUGCCCACCGCCGAUACCGGCAGAUAUCAUCAUCAUCAUCAUCAUCAAGUCACAUCACUCUCGUCAAGCACCACCACGGCCGCCCCACACCAUCAUCCGAGCUCCGAUGUACAAGCUCCGAUGGCCGCGGCAGGAUCACUGUUGAAUCUCCUGCAAGACAGAACAACAAAGCUCGCCAACCCUAACCAGCUGCAGAACAAUCAAAGUGAGAUCAGCUCCAAGCCUAGCAGCAUCGAGGACCAGUUUGGUUUCUUGUGGGAUGUUGAUAUGAACUUGGAGGAGACUUGCAGCUUGGGAGAUGGUGGUGGUGGAGUGGUCUCCGAUUUGGAUCAUGACUUGAGAUUUGAGAUUGAUAACAACAUGGUUUUCCUAUGAGGGUUGUGAAAGCCAUGAACCCUAAUACCAAAAAAAAAAAAAAAAAAACAACAAGACAAAGUGGAGGCGAAAAGGAGGAAACAUGGUUUUGGUUCACGACUACAUUAUAGAAAUGCAUGCAUACUCGAUAUAUACAUCUUAGCCACUUCCCAAAAUUUGUUGAUUUGUGAUUAUUAUUGUAAUUGUGGUGAUGAUUGAUUAAGUUUGGAGUCGAGGGGAAAGAAAAGAAAAGAACAAAAAAAAAGAAAUAAUGGGGAAAAAGGGAUAUGGUUGUGGAUGGUAGGUGUUGUUAUAUAGAUAUAUUUGUAUAUUUAUGGUUUAGGGUUUCAAUUAUUAUAUUGUUAUUAUUGGUGUAAUUUCUUUUUGUGUAUGAUUAGGUAUAGUAGGAUGGAUUCUGUACAAAAUUAUAAUAUAUUAAUACGAUUAUUUGUCAGACUAUGGAAUUA